CGACUCAGCUCCCGCGACAUUCAAGCUCAAGAGUCUCCAGCCUUAGGGACCGAAUACUAGAAGGAAGACGACAACUGCCGUCCCUGCAUUGAUUUUUCAAGCAUGCGCGAUCAAAUUUCUGGCACAUGCACAUGUACAGCCUCAAUGCAUGGCACUCCUCAGUGAAACUUCUAUGAUAUCUCGUAUACAAAGGUUCUGAAUCUCGCUUUAUGCGGAUCCAACCCUGAGGCAUGAGGCGUGAGGAUCAGCGCCCAGGAGUUUUCCUUAUCAGCUGGAGUAGGCUAGAGUGUCAGUGGCCAACUCUUUUCUCAUCUCAUUGAUCCCCAUCACAUCACAUGGCUCAAUAUUUGGCAGUAAAACGUCUUCCAACAGAUCAAUCCAGUCUGGAAUAUAUCGUUAAUCAUGUGUUUCUUCCCCUCAAGUUGCCGCAAAGGAGUGAUCAUUUCCUUGAGAAUGAACUGGCGUUAUCUCAGGCAGUAUUUGAUGCUGCUCUCGCCUUCAGUGACCAGCUGCCGUCCCAUAAGUUGCCGCUUUGGACGAGCAGCUUGACAAUGCUUCGCAAUCUCCAAGAUUCAAUCAGGUUCAGCGUGAUGUCUGCAACGGAAGUCAAAUCUCAAAUCGAUGCUAUGGGCAACAAAGAUGUCCUUGUAUACAUGAUUCGCGCACAAAACGCUGCGGUGAUCAUGAGAAAACUCGAAGCCGAGACUAUAUUCGAAUCAUUCGAGAUGUCUCCUGACCCCACCGCAGUGAUGGGCGCAAAGGGAAAGCUGAUCUGUUCAUAUCCUGGACCUGCUAUCGCAGUCCCAAAUACAAUUAUCAAUGAUUCUACCUUUUCUGUCGAGCUGGCAAAUUUUCUCGUCCAAAUGGAUGAAGAUGUCCUUGAUGCGGCACCGACGAGGAAAAAAGCCAAAUCCACUGUUGUCGAAGAGAGGGACACAACACAUCCUCGUUAUAUCAUGGAUAGUAUAACCGCAGUUCGGCUACGGCGCGCUCCGGCUUGGCGUUCACCGGUUUGCCAGUGUUUGGGUUAUCCUAGUGAGCUAGGCCACUUAUGUAUAGUUUGGUUCGGUUCAUUAGCUGCACAGAGUGCCACGAACCAACUGUAA